AUGCGAAAUAACUUCGGAUCGCAAGAGGAGGAGCAUCAAGACCCCAACGAGACCCCCUCCGGCCUCACGUGGACGGUGUGGGUGGAGGUCUUCCCCCCCACCUCUUUGGCGUUCUACACGUUAAGGGAGAGGAUGCCGAGGCCUCCCGAAUUCUCCCCCAUGUCGGCCCUCGUUGAGGGAUUGGGCUGGGGUGACACUGAGGACUUCUCGAGCGACCUUCAGCCCUCCUGGCUAAUCCGGCUGCUCUGGGGUGGGGAAUCGGAGGAGGAAUCCUUCCUUGCGGUGUUUCGGCCCCCCCUUCCCUCUGUGGAGGUCAGAUUCCGUCGUGACAUCGCCCCGCCCGCUACGCAGCACAGGGACAUUCCUGUCAACCUGGAGCGCAGCCGCGAACAUAUGGAGCCCCCAACAACCCACUCUCAGGACACGAUUGCGAUGCAAAACCAAGCAUCUCUCCAAGCAGUGGAAGAGAUGCUACGUUCCCCUUAG